AUGAUUGUGGUUACCUUGGCUUUGGGCCUUCUACUGGGCGGUCUGCUCUAUGCGGCUAUGACCUGGAACUUCAACUACUGGCGAAAGCGACGGGUGCCGGGUCCCAAGCCCCAACUCUUCACCGGCAACUAUCCCAACCUGUAUACGAUGAAGAGGAAUAUGAUCUACGACUUGAACGACAUCUACAAAAAGUACAAAAGCAAGUAUGAUGCGGUGGGCAUCUUCAGCGGAUGGGUUCCCCAACUACUGGUGAUCAGUCCGGAGUUGGCACAUCGAGUUUUUGUGACCAACUUUAAGAACUUCCAUGACAACGAGCUAUCCAGAUUGACUGACGAAAAAACCGACUUUAUCCUGUCCAAUAAUCCGUUUUCGCUCACCGGCGAAAAGUGGAAGCAAAGGCGGGCUGAUAUCACACCGGGUUUGACCAACGGUCGGAUAAAGUCCGUCUAUCCAGUGACGAACAAGGUGUGCCAGCAAAUGAGCGAGUGGGUGAAGAAGCAAAUUCGUUUGGGUGCAGCCGAUGGCAUCAAUGCCAAGGAUUUGGGUCUCUGCUUCACUUCCGAAAUGGUCACCGAUUGCGUGUUGGGUCUAAGUGCCGAUAGUUUUACUGACAAACCGACUCCGAUUAUGGCCAACAUCAAGGACCUGUUCAACCCUCACUGGACCUUCAUGAUCCUCUUCGCCCUGGUCAACACCUUUCCCUCUCUGAGUCACCUGAUAAAACUGCGCUUUGUACCGCAUCAUGUGGAACGAUUCUUUAUCGGAUUGAUGGGAACAGCGGUUCAGUCGCGAAAAUCCCAACUGGCAACUGGGCACUUUAAGCGCACCGACUUCCUGGAUUAUCUGAUGCAACUGGGGGAGAAGAGAAACCUGGAUACUCGCCACCUGUUGGCCCACACAAUGACCUUCCUUUUGGAUGGCUUCGAAACUGUAGCGGGCGUUUUGUCGCACAUGCUAUUGCUACUGGGUCGCGAUGAAGAGGUGCAACAGCGGCUGCGGGACGAGAUCCAGGAACAUCUACAAGAUGGUAUCAUACCAUACGACAAACUCAACGAGUUGCCCUAUCUGGAUGCCUGCCUACACGAAUCGAUUCGUUUAUUCCCUCCCGGCUUUAUGACCUCUAAGCUCUGCACCGAAUCCGUGGAGCUGCCCAACAAAGAUGGUCCCGAUUUCAUCGUGGAAAAGGGUACUGUUGUUGUCAUACCCCACUCCUGUCAUAUGAUGGACGAGGAGUACUUUCCCAGUCCGCAGACUUACAAUCCUGAUCGCUUCAUGGAUCCCGAUGCAGUGAAAAAUCUUCGCGAGCGCGGUGUCUACAUGGGAUUUGGAGAUGGUCCGCGUAUUUGCUUAGGUAUGCGCUUUGCCACCUCCCAAGUUAAGGCGGCCAUCGUGGAGCUGAUCAGCAAGUUCAAUGUGAGGGUCAAUCCAAAGACCCGUAAGGAUAACUUGUACGACCCAACCUUGUUCUUGGCCAAUCUAAAUGGAGGCAUUUGGUUGGAUAUGGAGGCCCGACAAUAG